UCCCAUCUCCCGUGUCGACUACGCCAACACGCAGCAGCUGCAUCUCCACUAUGACACCCAGGCGGUCGUCAGCACGUAAGCAGACGGAGAGGGGGGGCGCUUCACUGCAGAUGGGCCGUGCACGGGAAGAAGUGUGUCGCGCAUGGAUGUGUGUGUGUGUGUGUUGUCUUGCAGGUGCGUUGACUGCCACAACCAGGACUCCUUCACACUCAAGUUCGUCGACAACAACCGCUCCAUCUUCCAGGGCACGCCGACCGCCACCCCGACCGACGUGACGGUGCACUUCCGCGGCUUCAAGAUAGCUACCAACGGCUACGUCGGCAUCGACCUCAACAACCUCACCCUCUCUGGUGAGAUGACCGGCGAGCAGACCGGCUGGACGACGCUGUACGUGCAGCUCAACGCGAGCACUGCCGCCAACGCCAGCAUCACCUUCGAGAGGCGCAUCAUCCCUGACCGUCCCUACGUGCCGCCCCCGCGCCCACUCGCCGCCGACGGGAACAUCUACAUCCCCAUGCCGCGGCCUCCCAGUGGCAUGCCCGGCGACAAGGCCCCGGCCUCCUCUUUCAUACCGUGAGUGACUGACACCCGCAACUCGGCGACUGGUGGAUGGAUGGAUGGAUGAUGGGGAGCCUGCUGUGGUUGUUGCCUGCGUGUGGAUGGCGGCAAGGAGUGCGUGUUGGUGUGGUGGGUCGGGUGGUUGAGGCCCCCCUGCCGUGUUUUCCGUUUUUGCACGUGUUGCCUGGACGCCAGGCAUGGCCGCAUCUAUAUGAAUUGCACGCGUGUGUAUUUCUCUGUGUGUGUGUGUGUGUGUGCAUACUUACAGAUGGAUUGCAUGAAUGGCUUUGUACACUGACGUGUCGACGGAUGCCUGUGUGCGCGUGCGUGUGCGUGUCGGUGACGGUGUGGUUGGGUGUGUUGUGUGGUCGGGGGAUGGGUGCGCAUUGUUCAAAAAACGGUUUUGCGGCCGCCACAAACGUCGUCAUGUCGGCGGGUGCGUGUGUGGGGUGCUGGUGUGUUUUGUUUCCUCAUACUGACGUGACACCGGGUACACCUCUAAGACGCACAGGAGGGACCCCUGUCUCUCUCUCUCUCUCUCUCUGUGUGUGUGUGUGUACAUACAUAACACAUGCGUGGGUGCGGUGCUGAACGGUGGUGGUGUGACGUGAUGUGAUCUGGUGCGUGGAGGAUGGGUGCAUGGGCGGGUCGGUGCGUGGGGUGGAUACCAGCCAGUCGGGCGGGGGCGAGUGGGUCAGUGAGUCAGUGCUGCUCCGAUGGCCUGCCUUGUCACGGUGUGUGUAUGUGUGUAUGGUAUGCAUUGCCGUCACACACCACCCGAUGAGUCUGCCUUUCACUUGUCUUUCUCUCUUCUAUCUGUGUGCAUGGGCAUUGUUGUGUUUUGUUAUCCCAAUGCUGCAGUGGGGGUCUCUUCUCUACGCCUUUUUCCGCGUCAUUGCGUGUAUCUAUAUGUGUUUGUCGGCCACUCACCAGCCGUCUGCCUACCUCAGACCGAGCUGCCGCGACAUUUUGGAGCAGAGAAACAGACAGAGAGGCAGGUGUGUGUGUGUACAUACAUAACACAAUGGGAGGGGGAGCUAUCUAUGCGUUAGGACAAAUACAUGUGAUGCCUGCCUAGGUUGUCAUCAAACCAGUGAGUGAAUGAACGGCUUUCUGCCCUUGUAAACUGACACAGAGUGAGCGGACGGAUG